AACUGUGCCCCUGUUACUAAAGUGCACAUUUAAGGCCAUCAGUUGCUUUUCCUUUUGCUGAAACCAGAAAUAUCCUGCCUAGAGAAGAAAACAGCUUUCCUGUGGUUCUGUUUUAGAUAAAAGCCUGGCCUAGAAAGUUCAGCUCACUUCUUGACUUCCCAUUUUCUCUGAGAGUUUCUCAGCAGCAUGUCAGAAUGGUCAGUAUUUCACAUGGAAGAAAUGCACCAAGUGUGGAAGUUAGAUCCUCCAGAUGAAAGAAAGACUUUCUUUUGUGAAAGAAGCUAAGGAGCUUCUUCACAAAUAUAUAAAGUAAAAUGAGGAUUUUGGCCUUUGCACGGUGAGAUCUCUUUGUCCUAGAGGAACAGUUUGGUUUCAAACAAUCCAGUAGGAAGGUCUACUGUGAGUAGAAAUUAAAUAAAUGAACCUGACAUCCAGCAGGAGUAGUGAGAAUCAGAUGAAGGCUUUUCUAGUGUAAGAUGUCCCAAGUAAGAUUUUGUGGAUCCAGAUGCAUGUUCUGAUCUUGAUGACUGCUCAGCUUCACCAUCAGUCCUCUAGUUACAUAAUUUGUAUUUCUUUUUAUUUGUGGGAUUAACCUAAAAUGUGCUCAUUUUCAUGGAGUGCCUUUGCCUGGAUGGGUGUGAUGUGACAUCUUGGUGGCAGAACCAAGGUGAGUUGCUCAAAGAGAAAAUUGAAAUGGUGGGUGGGGGGAGAGCACCCCGAGCUGUGGGCAGGAAAAAGGAGUGGUGCUGUGAGUGGACAGCCAGGCAGUAGGAAAGGAGAAAGAGGAGAGGCUGUGCUUGGCUCUUAAUGCAUGAUACUCCCUGUGCUGGGACAAAAGAGUGAGAAGGGUGUGGUUACCAGCUAUCCGCCCAGACCUUUAAAUUCAGAGGGGAGAGAUGCUCUGCGGGGAGGAAGGAGAAACACGGGGAUGGAGUGUGGACAGGAGAAAUAAGAGGAGGUAGGAUCAAGGACAUUGAGGAGGCUGGGGCUGUAACCAGCCCCUGGCUGCAGUAAGCUGUUGUGAGUGACUCCAAGGGCAUGAGAGCUCAUGUGGGAAGCUAGUGCAGACAAAAUCACCACGGUUGUUUCAUAAAAGCAUGUCCUGUAGAGCACAGGUUGAAAUUCAAGGCCAUCUUUCUCUUGUCUUUAGCUAUGUCCUUUGUUCUUGUUUUUUUUUUACCUUAAAGCAGUUCUCAGGUUUGUGUUAGGGUAGUAUGUUAAAGGACAUUAAUGGUUCUUGAAUACCAGGUAUUAUUUUAGGCAGUAUAAUAGCUAGAGGGAGAACAAUCUACAGCACAAAGAUCAUUAGUGUUCAUUUUUCUAUUAACUACAGGGGAAGACUCGAAUUACAAGUGUUGGCAGAGUGCCAGCCUAGCAAGCAAUGCUCUAUGAACUUUUACUCAGUUUUCAGCACCACAUCUGUUUGGUUGCAUGGAUAACAGUAAUAACAUUUUAUUGUUUUGGCUGACUCCAGCAGAGAAAGCGCUCCGGUUCUUUCAAAAUCGUCCCAGCAAUGACAGCAUUGCUGAAGGUUUAGUCACUUGCUUGUUGAGGGCUGGUACAGGAAGGUAGGCAAACUGGAAAACCGAGUAUUGCACAGCAGAGAGCCAGAGUUCUCACGGCUGCACAAAUCGAUACUUCCCCGCCUUCCCUUUCUCUGCAAGCUGACUUCAUUUGUUCUUCCAAGGAAUUCCCCUAAUUAACAUAUUUUGAGACCUCUCCUGUGCAAGCCAUCCGCACUCUCCCUGUUUCCAGCUUCGUGUCAGAGCUGUCGCUGACCAUAAUUGCAGCCGAAACAAGAAGGAAAUGAGUUGUCUCCGUUCUCACUUCAGAGACAGAGGUCCUCGCGAAGAACCUUCUCCAGAGACAGAAGCAAUGAACUCGGCUCAGGAGCACGAGGCUAUUGAAUUACAGGAAAAUAAUGUAGAGGAAAGCAACGCUGAUCACCACAAGACUCUAAAUGGCCAAACGAGAGAGGAGGAGAGAAAUCCCUGGAAAUCAUGCAGGAAUGUAGUUUUCUGGAAGUGUGAACUAUGGAUGGUUAUAACUACAAUAUUUGUAGUGAUCUUCCUGGUCAUUCUCAUCAGCCUAUAUGUUUAUUCUAAUAUUUACAUAGAUGAGGAUGACUACUGGGAUCCUGAUGAACUAUUAAGCAGUGGAAAAUUUCACAAUUUUUCAGGAACAUUGGAGGUAAUUUGUGGUCUCCCACACUUCUCCUCAGAGGACAUUACUAAGAGGCUAACAGAGGUCUACAGUUCAUCUCCAGCUCUGGGACGUUACUUUAGGUCAGCUGAGGUGAUUUCUUUCAGUAAUGAAAGCUCCACUGUUAUUUAUCAGCUAGUGUUUUCUGUACCACCAUCAACAGAGGGAUUUAUGGAAAACAGUAUGAACCCAGAUUUUAUAAGGAAUAUUUUACGUCAAAAUAUUUAUGAUGAAGAUACUCUUAAUCCUGGGACAUCUGAAUGUGACAGGUUAAAGCUCAACCUGACUUCUCUCACAUAGAAAUUAUGGAAAAAUUCCUCAUCUUCAUCACCACCUAGAAGAGAUGGGAAUUCCCUAUCUAUAAGCAAUCCCAGGGCAGGGAACUAUUCAUUAGGUAGAAACACUUCUGAAAUUGUUGUCCUGUAAAUACUGCCUGUGAUGCAAUAUUGUAAAUGGAAAAUGUGGUAUAUUUAUGACAGUGUUUUAUUGUUGUAACACCACUACCUCCUUCUUCUAUAUCUCAAUAAUCCAUUUCACCCUUGAAAAAAUCAUGUAUUUGAUGCAUGCUCUGUUGACUUUAAAAGUUCUGCUUUGUCCUGCCUUAUGAUUAAAUCUGAAUCCUCUGCAUGAGCUUUAAAAGCAGUCUUGCACAUGGCUCCUUUCUUCUUCUCUUGGCUUAUGCAAAAUUAUCUGCACAGCUUCAUCCUCAACACUUCCACUCAAUUUUUUUUCCCUCCAAACUCCAUAUGCCACAUUUCCUUGUUGCUCUUUCCUUGUAAAACAGCCUGAAAACCUAAAUAUAUAUGUGUGUAUGUGUAGAUAUAUAUAUAUAUAUAUAUAUUUGUAUUCCUUAAUUGCGUGCAAGGCCUUUGCACUAGCUUCUUAAGAAUCCUUUAACUCUCAUGAUUUCCUUGUUCUUCCUACAGUCUCCUUGGAUAAGGUGCUCUUUACUCUGUUUUUCUCUUCUUCAAUGUGGAAUACAAAAGACAGUAACAGCAGCAUGAAGAGACAUGUCUUGUUCACUAAUACACCUGAAUGUCACAGGAAUCUUUAAAGGAUCAAAUUAGCAGAAUUAACAUUUUUGCAGUUAUCUGCUGCUACAAGUGAAUAGACAGAUGCUUGACUUGUUUUUGCAAAUCUGGAGACUAGUCUAUACACUUAAUUAUAGUUCCUGCCCAGCACUGGGGAUUAAAAUGAACAGAUGUAAGGUAUUUGCCUUAAUAAGGCAGUAAAUAGUUGUUCUUGUUAAUGAGAGACCUGAUGCCAACCAGUGCCAAGAGGAGGAAGGUGCUGAAGCAAACGACGUAGGCCAGUGUGGCAUGAAAGUUACAGACAAUAACUGGCUACAACAUAAAAAUUAAGCAUUAAUUUUACGCGGAAUGGAACAUAUUCACUACCAUGUGAGUGAAGUAUAUCUUGUCAUUUAUUUAUAGCCUUAUAAAUGUUAGUACUGUUGGAUGGACACUUUUAUUUUAAGAAGUGUUUUGUAAGAAAUAUGUCAUGGAAAAUUGUUUUUCUCUUUUUAAUAUUGUUAGUUUUUUAAAGGAGUAAUCUGACAAUGUCAUUGUGCAUUAAAUUAUUUAUUUUUGUUCUUAAAGUGACUGUUUUCAUUCUUUAGCAGCUCUAGUCUUUCAGCUGUGUGAGUUGGAAAAUAACAUUGGAAUUCUAAAUGCUGAGCUGUAUGAAGCAUGUCUGACAGAGCUGUACAUCAAACCCAUAGCUGUUGUUGUUGUUGCAUGUGUUUAAACUGAGCUUGGGGAACAUCCUGGACCAAAUUGGAAGUCUGAAUGACUCUCAUAUUUGCGGCUUAUUCUGAUUCCCUCUUGAUUUG